CUUUCACACAAAAACAAAAUAAUUAAAAAUAUAUCAUGUCACACCAAAUGUCUUAUAUUUACCAUAAUAUCCCAUUUCAUAUGCUCCUUAACAAUAGCUCCCUUAACAUUUUCUUACGUUUUCUCUCAUCAAAAUCGUUUUUUUUUUGUUUUCCGGUUACGAGAUGGAGUCCGGUAAUAGUAGUAGCAUGCAAUCUUCAAGUGGCGGUGGCGGAGGAGGAGAAGAGGAGUACGAUUCACGCGCCGCCGAUCAAUCCAUCUCCGCCUUCUUCGACCACCACGUGUCAUCUCUACCUCCGCCGCAACAAAACUACCUCAACCUCCUCCAUUUCGACCAUAACAACAACAACUCUCUAAUAUCACCAAACUACUUCAACAACAACAACACGUUCUUACCCGUAAACCAACAAACCAACCCUAUAUCCCAACCGGACCUCCGAACCUUCUCCGCCACGUCAUCACUCCCUCCCCAUAACAACAUAGGAGUUACCAAGAAAACAAAGAAAAGAUCACGAGCAUCAAGAAGAGCACCAACCACGGUUCUAACGACGGACACGUCAAACUUCCGAGCGAUGGUUCAAGAGUUUACCGGAAUCCCAGCUCCGCCGCUUUUCAACAACAACUCCGUCGUGAACACCACGCGCCUCAACACUUUCCUCGGCUUGUCUUCUUCUUCGCCAAACUCUUACAAUAACAACAAUCUCUUGUUACGACCUUUCGCUCAAAAGCUCAUGCCAACGACGUCUCCACUCUUAUCCGGAUCACAGAUUCAGCAAUUUCAAAACCCUAACAACGGUUUCGAGAAUAUGAACCCACAGGCCCUUCUCCAAGCUCAUAUUUCAAACCCUAGAAGCAAUGAUCACGAUCAGUUUGGUCUUGGUAUCAAUUGUAUGAUGCAGAGUCCAUCUGCUAAUCCUCACACGGCAACGGCAGCGGCAGCGGCUAAUGGGAACAUAACCACCGGUGAUAAUGCAAGUUACGGUGGUUCCGAUCAUGAUCAUAAUAAUGACGGUACUUGGUUAUGUUCAUCUUCCGACCAAAGAACAUAAAAAGACACUAUUUUCCGAAAUUAUAGCUAAUCUCUUGACAAGAUUAUUAUUCAACAAAUUAAACAUAGCACAUAUAGGAUGAAGAAGUUACUCAUUUAUUUUCUAUUUUAGUAUAAACACUUUUAAUUAGUAUUAUUUGCUUGUAGGGUUUAUUAUUCAAUGCUUAAUUAAUCUAUGCUUGUUGUUUGUAUAUUUGUAGUUUUCCCCCCAUAACUACAUGUUGGUUAGAUCUCAUUUAAAUCUGAUUUUGUUUGUAUA